AUGUCUUUUAAAGACAUAUAUAACAAAGCUACAGUCUAUAACCCAGUAGAUACCCGCACACAAGCUCCACAACACAAUCAUGCUUCCGGUAGGCCCUCUUCAUCCUACCCCACAGCUCCAUCAUCUAGUCGACCAUCCACUUCAACUACUCCCAAACCAUACACCACACUUGAAAGAGACAACAACUCAUCAAGGAGAGUAUCGUUAUCGAGACCCUCUCACCAACACACCAUGCUUCAAAGAGAUGGACAGCCUUCCUCUUCUCAUGGAAGAACUCCAGCCCCACAGAAUCACACAUUACUGAACAGAGAUCAGCCAUCAUCCUCAAGCUCCCGACAACCAAUUCUGGUGCACGCAGCAGCAACAACUGCUCCUCCUGAUGCAAAGAGCAUGUUCAAGACUCAGCAUGAUGUUGAUAUGGCUUUGAGACAGGUGAGGUAUCAAUCGAUGACUCACGAUGAAAAAAAGAAACAGGAUGAGUGGGUACGUAAUUUUAUCCAGCAUGCCGGACCAUGCCCUGCUGGCUUCAGCUGGGAGCGAGUAAAGUAUGGAUACGCCUGCAAUGGCGGAAAUCAUUUGUGCACCGAUGAUCUCUUGGCCGAAGGUAAAGGUGGUUACUAUUUUGGAACUCUCGACGCUGGAUGGUGGGGCCCCAUUUAUAACCGCGUUUCACAGCGACUUUGGAUCGAAUCCACAGUCCACGAAUAUGCCGAAAAACACGGAUUGGACCCAACCGUUGCUCCCGUGAUCCCGGAACCUAAUCUGCCAGCGACGGGAGAAGUACACCCAGGCAUUGCGAAAGCAAUGGCGGGGCUGGGACACAUGCCACGUCCUGUCUCAAUUGAAUACGUGCAUUCGCACUUCACGUGGAUAGGAGAGAGAGAGAGAACGCACUCGGGCGGUUCUUAUAUGCUUGGUGGACCACCUCAGUUAAGCACUCUAUAUGGACCAGGGGGCCUGCCGAAUAGACUUUCUGUAAGCAUGAGUAAUGGUUCAUUAUUGUCCCCUUUAUCACAGGGAGGCCAGCUCCCACUUGGAUUCGGCACACCGCAUUAUAGUCAUGGCCCUCACGGAAGUGGAAUGUAUGGAAACGGACCUUACGGACAGGGAUCCUAUGGGCAAGGAUCACAGGGACACCACAGACAUUAG